AUGGCGGUAGCCGAUCUGAUGGUGGUCAUCGUUGUGAUUAUAUUAGAGAAGACAAAUUAUAUCUAUUUGUUUGCUAAAUUCUUGCUCGUAACUCCGACGUGUUCGGUGCUUGUUGUCCUGAAUAUCGCAACAAGGGACUGUUCUGUUUGGUUGACGGUUGCUUUCACUUUCGACCGCUGCGUCGCCAUUUGCUGUGAGAAACUGCGGAACCGAUAUUGCACCGAGAGAACAGCAGCUGUGGUGAUCGCAACAGUGAGUGCAGCGUGUUGUGCCUGGGCCGUUCCAAUUUACUUUGCAGUGGAUCGAUGGCGUUGUGUCCCCACGGCUGAAUACAUCACGUCACCCCUUUGGAGAGCCUACGAGGUAUUUGACAGCAUCAGAACACCGUUAAUACCAAUUUGUUUAAUUCUGCUCUUUAAUGUUUCAACCAUCAAACGGAUUAUGGAGACAAAUAGAGUUCGCCGGGAACUUCGUAAGAACAGUGAAUAUCAGAAAGAUCCAGAACUGGCAAACCGGAGGAAUUCAAUGAUCCUGUUGUUCUCUCUUUCUGCCAAUUUUAUAUUAUUUUGGAUGCCCUACGUCGCACAUUCUAUGAACUGGCAGCCGCAGAACUACACCUAUACAGACAGAUAUUUCAGCAAACCGACCUUUAUUCUGCAGCAAUGUGGUUUCAUGUUUUCUUCUCUCAGUAUGUGCACCAACACCUGUAUCUAUGGGCUGACACAGAGAAAAUUCAGGGAGCAGCUGAAGAAUGGAUUAAAGUACCUGUUUGACCCAGCGGUGGAGAUUUGCAAAUAA